AUUGCAAUUUGAUUAAUCCCUAAAAAUACUACAAUUAAAAAGACAUCUACGUGCUUUAUUUUUUUUUCAAGAGUUGCACGGUGGUUUGUUUUUUCCAGCAGUAAAGAAAAGCAAGCGGCCGUACCAAACAGAAAGAGAGGACUAGCAUCCUAAUUUGCAAAGUUCCAGUGAAAUGAAAGCGCUGUGCUUCUGCACAAACAAGCUCCGCCUGUAAAUUAUAGGCACCUUAGCUUUAAGCGCUGCUGAUUGCCUGGUGUCGUUGAAAUAUUCUUGGGUUGGACUGUAUAACGCAGACAUUACAGGCAGAAAAGGGUCUCCACAAGCACUUCCUUUUUAAGAUAAGCAUGUCUCCAAAACAUUAACCAACAACCACAGAAAAGCAGCUUGGUUGAGAUACUCUUCAGAGAAGUGAAGUCUGGGUGACUGGGGCAGUGGAGACACUGACAGCAAAUUUUACCGUCUUCCGCUCAGGCGAAUAAGAGGCGCUCUGUUGGAGAAACUGAAGCUGGGCCAGGCAUGGAGGUGUUACGAAGGUCUUCUAUUUUCGCUGCAGAGGUGAUGGAGGCGUUUGACCGCUCUCCCACAGACAAGGAGCUGGUGUCCCAGGCCAAGGCUCUGUGCCGAGACUUCAUCCAUUCCAGGCUGAACAGAGCAGGGAUCGGCUGGUCCAAACCAGAGCAUGGGCUCCUUGCCUCAGGAGGGACCCUAGGAGAGGUGUCUACUGUGCUGCUGCUGCUGGGGGACGAGCUGGAGUACCUUCGCCCGAACGUAUACCGCAACGUGGCACGGCAGCUCAACAUCUCGGUGAACUCGGAGAGUGUGGUUUCAGAAGCAUUCCUAGCUGUGUCCGCGGAGAUGUUCUCCACAGGGAUUACAUGGGGGAAGGUGGUCUCUCUGUACACUGUGGCUGGGGGGCUGGCGGUGGACUCUGUACGCCAGGGACAGCCAGCAAUGGUGCACACCAUCGUGGACUGUCUGGGGGUGUUCGUUCACAAGAGCCUGGUGACCUGGAUCAAGAGACGGGGCGGAUGGGCUAAUAUAAGCACAUGUGUAGAGAACAAGGAUUCCAGUUUCCAAAAAAACUGGUUAGUCAGAGCUGUCUGCACCGGUGGCCACUUCCUAAAAGCUGUUUUCUUCUACCUGCUGCGGGAGCGCUGAGAUCCUGGGUUUGAGUGCCAGUGUGGGAGCCCACCCACAGAGACUGCAUCUGCACUGCAGCCCACACACAAUGCCAGAGAGGACUGACAACCCAGGCUCAAUCCACACCCUGCUUGUGAGAUCAGAUCACACCCGUGCAGAACACUUUUACAAGACCUGCAGCCUCAACCCUUUGUCCUGGUCUGUCUUACACACCUGCAUGGAAAGCUUUAGGUCUGUAGAGAACAAAACAACAAAAUACAAGCACCGACCGUUCAGCAGAGGCAUGAUGUUUUUAAAUCUUGAGGCACUAUUUUAUUAGACUCUACAAAUAAACGGUGCUCAUUAUUUUCAAAUGUAAUGUUUUACAUAUAACCACCACAAAAUUGUGGUGAAAACUGUAUCACGUUUUCCUUUAUAAUAGACACACAAUAUGUGGUAAACAUCUUUUUUUUUUUUUUUUUUUUCAAAACUAUAUUAACUGCUUGCUCCUUCCAGAUAUUUCAAAACUACACUUCCACUUGCAAAUGAUACCAUGUAGGAGAAAUCUAUUGAGCAUUUUUCUGCAUGCAGAGUACCACUGCCACCGUGAGGAAGUUUAAAAUGGCACCCUAUGAAUAUUGAAUAGCAGGCAUCACACACAGUAUAAAUGUGCUCGUCUCAGCUGUGUCUGUCACGUUGUACCUGCAGGAAUGUUGUGUCCAUGAUGUGUGAUGCUCUGUAGUAAGUUGUUCACUAUAUAGGCCUAGAUAAAGGACAGCACUUCUAUACAUGGCCACAAUUCUGCAUUGAAAUGUAUGUAAAGUACGCUACGCUUCUGUAUGUGCUCAAGAACUAUAGUCCAAGUGCUGAUGAUGGAUACAAGUCACACAAAUGCACUUUGAAACGCUAAAUAUUCAAUUACAGGGCUUUUAGUUUGUAAGAAGUGUUAUUAAAACACAUUUUGAAUAGUAUGUAGUUUUUCAAAGUAACCUUCGGUGAGGAAAACAAGCAAUUGACUAUUGUGGAUUGGGUUAUUGAGGAAUCCCCUUUGAUAAAGCCAGUUUUCUGCCGAAUCCACACUUCUCAGU